CCCGCUCCCGUGUGCCGAACGCUCCAUAUCCGGGUUCCCGCCGCCGCCACCGCCGCCGCCGCCGCCGCCGCCGCCUAGCUCAUUCAGCUUUGCCGGGAGUGGUGUGAUUCCCGACCAAGAUGGCGGCUGUGGGGCGAGUCGGCUCCUUCGGUUCCUCUCCGCCGGGAUUAGCCUCCACUUACGCAGGCGGCCCCUUGGCUAACGAGCUAACAUCGGGCAACGGCGGCGCCGCAGCAGGCGACGACGAGGACGGGCAGAACCUUUGGUCCUGCAUCCUCAGCGAGGUCUCCACCCGCUCGCGCUCCAAGCUCCCCGCAGGGAAGAACGUAUUGCUGCUGGGUGAAGAUGGAGCUGGAAAAACAAGCUUAAUAAGAAAAAUUCAGGGAAUAGAAGAGUAUAAGAAAGGAAGAGGAUUGGAAUAUUUGUACUUCAAUGUUCACGAUGAAGACCGAGAUGAUCAAACAAGAUGUAAUGUAUGGAUCUUAGAUGGAGACCUGUAUCACAAGGGCCUCCUGAAAUUUUCACUGGAUGCCAUUUCUCUGAAGGACACUCUAGUUAUGCUGGUUGUUGAUAUGUCAAAGCCUUGGACUGCUUUGGAUUCUUUACAGAAAUGGGCAAGUGUUAUUAGAGAACAUAUUGACAAGUUGAAAAUUCCUCCUGAAGAAAUGAAAGAAAUGGAACAAAAGUUGAUUAGAGACUUCCAAGAAUAUGUAGAGCCGGGAGAAGAUUUUCCAGCCUCUCCUCAGAGAAGAAAUACCGGGUCACAGGAAGAUAAAGACGACAGUGUGGUUUUACCUCUGGGUGCGGACACACUUACACAUAACUUGGGCAUCCCAGUACUAGUAGUUUGCACAAAGUGUGAUGCCAUUAGUGUAUUGGAGAAAGAACAUGACUACAGAGAUGAACAUUUUGAUUUUAUUCAGUCACAUAUCCGGAAGUUUUGUUUACAGUAUGGUGCAGCACUUAUUUACACUUCAGUAAAAGAAAACAAAAAUAUAGAUUUAGUAUAUAAAUAUAUCGUUCAGAAACUGUAUGGAUUUCCCUAUAAGAUUCCUGCUGUUGUUGUGGAAAAAGAUGCAGUAUUUAUCCCAGCAGGGUGGGAUAACGAUAAGAAAAUAGGAAUAUUACAUGAAAAUUUUCAAACAUUGAAAGCAGAAGAUAAUUUUGAAGACAUUAUAACCAAACCACCUGUCCGAAAGUUUGUACAUGAGAAGGAAAUUGUGGCAGAAGAUGACCAAGUAUUUCUUAUGAAGCUACAGUCCCUUUUAGCGAAGCAACCACCAACUGCAGCUGGAAGGCCUGUGGAUGCCUCACCAAGAGUCCCAGGAGGCUCCCCUCGGACACCAAAUCGAUCUGUGUCGUCCAAUGUUGCCAGCGUGUCGCCCAUCCCUGCUGGGUCAAAAAAAAUUGAUCCGAACAUGAAAGCUGGAGCUACAAGUGAAGGUGUCCUGGCAAAUUUCUUCAAUAGUCUGCUGAGUAAAAAGACUGGUUCUCCGGGAGGCCCUGGUGUUGGCAGUGGUAGCCCUGGAGGUGGGGCUGGAGGUGGAAGCAGUGGUUUACCACCAUCCGCCAAAAAAUCAGGCCAGAAGCCUGUCCUAUCAGAUGUUCAUGCGGAACUAGACAGAAUUGCACGCAAACCAGUUACAGUUUCCCCUACAACACCUACAUCUCCUACGGAAGGAGAAGCUUCUUGAAGAUACCAAAUAAAGCCAUUUAUUCAGUUUUCUGGGAUAAUGUAAACUUGCCUCUGCCUUCUCCUUCAAAAGUGGAAUUAGGGAACUGGAGUGCUUUUUCAGAUGGACUAAAUUUCUUUUUUUUUUUUUUUAUUUGUGGUUGCCCGUUUUUUAUAAAAGGAAGCUAUACAGAAGAAAAAUUAUUCUACAUUAUGUAGGAUUGCUGUUUGCAUUGCCACUUUGCAUAAGGAAAUAAUUUUGGAUUUUGAAAAACUCAAAAUUUAUAGAUCUGAAAUACAGCCACGUGAUCAUACUCUAAAGGCUAUUUAAAACAUGGGAGGGUUUAGGAAAAGGCAGAAAAUAAUAUGCUUUGGGCAUUUGACUGACUUGGAAGUCCAAACUUAUUUUAGUUGAGACUAUUAAAAUCAUUUGAAAAAUUAUGUGUUAGUUUUGCUGGAAAAGAGAAAAUGAUCAAUUGUCAGAUUUUCCACACCAACGUAAAUAUACCACCAUACAUGGAAUAUGCUGAGAAAACUAUCAGAUAGCAUUUUAUACACUAGUCAUUGUUUCAAUCCAUGAUCCUGUAAGUUGUCAUCAAAAUGGAAUUUUAAAAUAUUGGCCAAGAUUCAUUCUUUAACUGAGAAGAAAGAAAGCACACUGCCUAAAUGCAUAAAAGAAAAAUGCAGAGGUUAUUAAAAUGUAAAGAGGUAACAGUCUUUGGGUUUGUCUAUCUAUAUCUGUAUUGAUAUAUAGAUAUAGAUAUAUAUAUGGCUCUGCCUUAAUAUACCCCUUUUUUGUUUGUGACUUUCAACUGUAAUCAGUUAAUAAAGUAUUUAUUCUCUGCAUUCAGGUUCAAA